GGACGCGCGCGCCAGGGGCGCAUGCGCAAGGCGGAGGGACGGCGGGCAGCGAGGAGCGGUCAGAGGUACCUACCGCUCCGGCCGCGGACGCCAAGGGCUGAAGGCGAGGCUGGGCCGCGAACCUCCCAGGGCCUUUCUACAACGAGGUCUCAGUCGCGGAGGGCGGCUGAGAGGACCGAACGGGUCACGUGUGUAGAGCGCAUGCGCCCGGCCCCCAGGCAUCAUGCCAGAGUGGUCUUGAGGCAGCUCAGGAGUGGUUGGAAUCUGUGUGUGCCUCUGGGUGUGAUCAGCAUUGGAAAAGAUGCCAGCCCCAGCUGCCACAUAUGAAAGAAUAGUUUACAAAAAUCCCUCUGAGCACCACUACAUGAAAGUCCACCUAGAAUUUCAAGAUCAUGGCAUUGGACUGAAUGCUGCACAGUUCAAACAGCUGCUUAUUUCAGCCCUGAAGGACCUGUUUGGAGAGGUUGAUGCAGCUUUACCCUUGGACAUUCUAACCUACGAAGAGAAGACCUUGUCAGCCAUCUUGAGAAUAUGCAGCAGUGGUCUUGUCAAAUUGUGGAGCUCUAUGACCCUGUUAGGAUCCUAUAAAGGCAAGAAAUGUGCUUUCAGAGUGAUUCAGGUUUCUCCAUUUCUCCUUGCAUUAUCUGGUAACAGUAGAGAACUAGCAUUGAAUUGAAUAGUCUUCAAUUUCAGAAGUAUUCCUCACUCUCAAAAGUACAUUUUGGUGCCAGCAUAACGUUUGAAGACUGAAGCAGCC